CCUUUAGUGGCCUGAAUGGCUGUGGGAAGUCCACAAUAUGAGAAUAUCAUAUAUCACCCCUCCAACGUGAGCUCUACAAUAUGAUAAAGUCUGGUCUCCACAAAGAUGGAGUGAUUGAAAUCAUACGGAGGUUUCCAAAUGGGAAUACGGAAAUCUCCUGACCAUGAUAGCACGCGAGAAGCACUGGAUCGUGGUGGAUACCGUUUGGUGUUGAAAAUUGACUCUAUCCUGGAUAACAAGGCCCGCGGGGUCAACUAGUCUCUGAUCUAGCUAGAGCAGACACCCUUCAGAAGGAUCUGUGCAUUCGAUCGGUGGUGGCCCGCCGAAGUUCGAGCCAAAACCCAUAUUGAGAAUCAAACGAGACUGAGGUUUGAUGCACCUUGCGCUAUAUCUUACCUACAAAGGUCGGCGGCGAUACUUCCGCCUGCUAUACCCUCAGCUAACCCAUGGUCUGCUCCAACAUGUCAAGGCAAAAGACUACACGGUGCCUCUCACAAGCCACCUGAACGUCCCAUCAUACCGCGGCGGGCUCACGGAAUCUCGAAUGAGCACAGAGCGUGAUGGUUCGCACUGCACCGCACGCGAGACGCACCCAGAUAUUUGGAAAACGACCAAGUCAACUAGGCAAGCGGCAAGCUCGAGUCACGUCCUUCGGGCAGCGCGAAGCGCAAUGAUGUCCCUGCAGAUCAGACGCAGGCAAUCAAACCGUCCAAGCUCCAGUCACAUCCUUUGGGCAGCGCGAAGCGCAAUGAUGUCCCUGCAACGCAGACGCAGGCAAUUGAAACGUCCAAGCUCCAGUCACAUCCUUUGGGCAGCGCGAAGCGCAAUGAUGUCCCUGCAGAUCAGACGCAGGCAAUCAAACCGUCCAAGCUCCAGUCACAUCAUUUGGGCAGCGCGAAACGCGAGGGUCAAGCCCCUGCAAAGCAGACGCAGCAUCCCCCGAAGUAUGCCAUCGUCCUAGCCAAGGUCAAUUCAGAGCCUUGGACUGGGCAUAUUUC